AUGGACGAGACGAGUCCCUUGGUGUCCCCCGAGCGCGGCCCGGCCCCGGGGUAUGGGCUGCCGGGGGCCGCCGUGCGCUCCCCUUCCUCCAGCGCUCCCUGCGGACCUUGCCCCUGCCCCUCCCCGCCGGGCUCCCCCGCGGGCGGCCGCGACCGUGAGCGCCAGCCCUUGCUGGACCGCGGCGGGGGAGCGGAGCGCGGGGCGCGGGGGGCGGCCGGGGCCGGCGGGGCGGCCCACGCUCCGGCUCAAGCCGCGUCGGGGGGCGGGGCGGGGGCGGCCGUGGCCCGCGGGGAGCGGGAGCCCCGCAACGAGUUCCCAGAUGACCCGGAGUUCGCCGAGGUGGUGCGGCUGGCGGAGGUGGCAAGCGAGCGCGGCAUCUACCCGGAGCGCAUCUCCCAAGGCUCUAGCGGCAGCUAUUUCGUCAAGGACCCGCAAGGGAAAAUCAUAGGUGUGUUCAAACCCAAGAAUGAAGAGCCUUAUGGGCAGCUGAACCCAAAGUGGACCAAGUGGCUGCAGAAACUGUGCUGUCCUUGCUGUUUUGGGAGGGACUGCCUAGUCCUCAACCAGGGAUAUCUGUCUGAGGCUGGUGCUAGCCUUGUUGACCAGAAGCUGGAACUGAACAUUGUUCCCCGCACAAAAGUGGUGUACUUGGCCAGUGAAACAUUCAACUACAGUGCCAUUGAUCGAGUGAAGUCCCGGGGCAAACGCCUGGCUCUGGAGAAAGUGCCAAAAGUCGGACAGAGGUUUCACCGAAUUGGCCUUCCUCCAAAGGUGGGCUCUUUCCAACUGUUUGUGGAGGGUUACAAAGAUGCAGACUACUGGCUGCGGCGCUUUGAGGCUGAGCCUCUCCCAGAGAAUACUAACCGCCAACUGCUGCUGCAAUUUGAGAGGCUGGUGGUACUGGACUAUAUAAUUCGCAAUACUGACCGGGGUAAUGACAACUGGCUGAUCAAGUAUGAUUGCCCCCUGGAUAGCACAAGUGUGCGGGACUCAGAAUGGGUAGUGGUGAAGGAGCCAAUCAUUAAACUGGCUGCCAUUGACAAUGGCCUGGCUUUCCCCCUCAAGCAUCCAGACUCUUGGCGAGCCUACCCUUUUUAUUGGGCAUGGCUGCCACAGGCCAAGAUGUCAUUCUCACAGGAGAUCAAGGACUUGAUCCUGCCAAAGAUUUCUGAUCCUAAUUUUAUUAAGGAUCUGGAAGAAGACCUCUAUGAACUUUUCAAGAAGGAUCCUGGUUUUGACAGGGGCCAGUUUCACAAGCAGAUUGCUGUCAUGCGUGGCCAGAUUCUGAACUUAACACAGGCCUUGAAAGAUGGGAAGAGCCCCCUUCACCUGGUCCAGAUGCCCCCUGUCAUUGUUGAGACCGCUCGCUCUCACCAGCGCUCAGCCAGCGAGUCCUACACACAAAGCUUCCAGAGCCGCAAACCUUUCUUUUCGUGGUGGUAGCAGUUGCCCUCUUAUCCAUCGAGGAACUCAUGGGAGAGUGCUGCUUGACUGCGGGCAGUCGAUCCUCCAGACCAAGACAGCUGGGCUGCAGCCAGUGGGAGAUGUAUGCCGGAGCUCCCAACAGUCUUGACUCGGAACAUUCCCAGCAGG